GCUCUGCUUCCACAUCAGUGCUCGCUAGAAUGGAGGGCCACCUGAGGCAGUUCAGCCUGGUCAGGGAGCCUGAGGGGGCCGGGGACAGCCAGGCCCUGGCUAAGCUGCAGGAGCUGGCCCUGAUGUGGUUCACGGAGACGCAGGCCCCCCUCAUUUUGCAGAAUGGAGCCCUGCCCCCCUGGUUUCACGGAUUCAUCACCCGCAAGCAGACAGAGCAGCUGCUCAGGGACAAAGCUCUUGGCUCCUUCCUCAUCCGCCUCAGCGACCGGGCCACCGGCUACAUCUUGUCCUACAGGGGCAGUGACUGCUGCCGGCAUUUUGUCAUCAACCAGCUCCAAAACCGGCGCUACCUCAUCUCAGGGGGCACCCAGAGCCAUGGCACCCUGGCUGAGCUCGUGCGCCAUUACCAGGAGGUGCAGUUUGAGCCCUUCGGGGAGACCCUGGCUGCUGCCUGCCCCCGGGUAGAGAACAGUGAUCUAUAUGACGCCAUCACCCUGGGCCUCCAUCAGACCAAUCUGGGCCUGGAAAACCCGCCUGCUGCAGUGUCCCCCACGGUGGUCCCAGACAAGGCUGCCAGCUCCCGCCCCUCUCCAAAGCCCCAGGUCUCCUUCCUCUACAAAAAGAAGAGCCUGGAUGCAAGUCCCUGGAACCUCCCCAAGGAAGAAAGCAUGGAGGCCCCCGUCAAGGUGCCUCCCCUCCCGGAGAGGAGUGCUUCCCUUCUGGACGAGUCUUUUGGAGGCCCCCACAACAUCAUCUAUGCAGACCUGAGAAGGAUGAACCAGGCACGGCUAGGCCGGGGCACAGAUGUGUCUGGCAGGCAGGGGCCAGUCCCAGCCAGCAGCCAGGCCUUCUCCCCAGGCAAGGAGGCCCUGAGGAGACUCUCAGAUGGAAGCCAGAACAAGCCUGAUGGCCCGGGACCUGCCCUCUCUGGGGUGAGCCCAGACCACGGCCCUAGAGUGUCUCCCACUUCUUGGGGCCUUCUCCUGCCCCCCAGUUCUGAGGCUCUAGGAUCCUCAGCUGCUACCUGGAGUCAGGGGUCUCCAAAACUGAGCCGUUCUGCAGACAUCUAUGAGCUCAUCUGGGCAGAAGGCCUCCUAGAGGAGGCCAGGGAUGUGCCAGACCAAGAAGGCAGCAGUACCUACGAGCAGAUCACAGUCUGCUGGGGUGGCCCAGCCAGGCCCCCCUAGCCUGGAGCAAGUCCCACAUAUAGCAAGCUUUCAGGGUCCACAGACUGUGGCUAUGAGAGGAUGUUGGGGGCCCCAGAGCUCCCAGAGCCCAGGAACACCUAUGAACUCCCGGCAGCCAGGAGCAAGGAGACUGGACGGACACAUAAGGGGGGCUCCAUGGGUGGGCCUGACAAGCUCCGGAGGCUCUUCUUCACAGACAAGAAGCACAAAUCCUGAGGAGGCUUGGCUUUCUGAAGCUCACCAGGGGGUUUCCCGGUAUCUGGGCUAUGCCAGGGCUUACUGGGAAGCUCUCAGCUUGCUUGAAGGUACCUCUUGCACCCUCAGAUCGAACCAGCCUGCUCUGGAACAAGGCUCCGAGACAGCCUAGGGGACAGGAUGGGAGGGGACCUUCCAGCUGCCUGCAGCUCAGGGCUGCGCCCUGCUUCCCCAGUGCCUCCCACCCAUCCAGAGGAAAUCAAGGCCCGAGAGGAGUGGGGACUGGCCAAAGGUCACCCGCAUUUCCAAGAUGAGCAGGCUGGGCCUGGACGGAUUGACCGUGCUGACCUCCCACCACUGAACACUUACUGAGCGUGGGGCAGGCCCUGUGGCAGCGCUGGCAUUUUCCUAAUUGACCUAGUGAUGUCAUUCAGUUGCUCUUGAGACCAACCAGUCCCCCUCCUUGUGGCCCCAUCAGCAGAAAGGAGGGAAGGCCCAGGGCCACAUCCCUGCUCCUGCCCCAGGGGGGUUGGGGCAAGAAACCAGGGAAGUAGCAGCAAAGCCCCGUCCUCGGAGGUGAUGGUUCUGACCCUGGGGCACCUGGGCUCCCAGGGACCAUCCCCUCAGCCCCUCUCUGCCCCCGCCUUCAUCCCAGCCUCAUAACGCAAGCUGGGCAGACCCGGUCUGACCUUUUUUGCUGCAGAUCGGGGAGACGGAGACCCGGAGAGGAGCAGCCACCUGCCAGGCGGUCAGCCUGGGCAUUGCUGGUCCGUUUCUGGAGCCAGCCAGUGGGUACUUGCUGGCGUCCCUAUCUGACCAGGUCACCCUCAUCUGCCCUCUGCCUCCAGCCAGCCUUGGCCUUUAGGGGUGGCUCUCAGACCCCUCCCAUGAGACCCAGACCCCACCUGGUGGCCCUUAGGCCUUGCCCAGGCAUCAGCUCUACACAUGGGGCCCUCAGGCCUCUCACUACAGCCAUUCCCUCAGGCCAGCCUGGCUCCUCUGUCCCCUUCCCUUGGGAUCCCACUCCCCCUCAUACCCAUGUGUCCCCACCUCCAUAAGGGUGAGCAAUUGGGCUGCUGCCCCCUGCCCACUGCCCCCAGGCAACUAACCCUCCCCAGAGAGAACACCACAGCCCACCUCGGGCCCCCUCCCUGGGCAGAGUUGGCUCAGUUCACAUUUGUGGGGAAAACCUACCCACAGUGGCCUCUUGGCUAUGCAGUGUCUCGCUCUCAGAAACGGGGCUCUAAGAGUCCCUACCUCCCAGGGGGGUUGUAGGGACUGAGAGUAAAUGAGCAGCCUGCUCAAGGCUGCACAGUUGGUCACCCCUCCUAAGGCAGGCCCAAGCCUGGCUGGCCGCCUGGGUCAGCCUGGGCGCUGCUGGGCCGUUUGGGGAGCCAGCCAGUGGGCGCUUGCUGGCCAGCCCUAUGUGAUCUGGUCACCCUGUACCUGAUACAUGGUUCGUACUCCAUAAAUCCUCACCGGAAUGACUAUCACUAUGAGGGAAAUGGAAACGCUUUUCACCCAACAUCUCUUCACGGUGCUCACUCGAAGAUUUGGGGCACAGAUGUGUCUUCCCCUCAAGGACCUAAGCACUGAAAUAAA